AUGAGACAAAACAAAGUAGAUCACUCAAAAAGACGUCUAUCUACACUUACAGGCAAAGAAAUUGAAAUAGAUAUCGAGAAAGAUGAUAAAAUAGCAAGAAUCAAGGAACGUGUAGAAGAAAAAGAAGGCAUCCCGCCUCCUCAACAACGUCUUAUCUAUAGUGGUAAACAAUUAAAUGACGAGAAAAGUGUUGAUGAAUCAAAUAUUAAACCUGGAGAAGUUCUCCAUCUUGUGCUAUCUUUACGUGGCGGUGAUCAUGCAAAAUUUUUACAUGAACUUCCAGAUGAAUAUCUGGGAGAUUUACUUCCAGCAGCAAAACGAGUUGCGCUUGCAGUUGGAGCAGAACAAUAUAAUAUUUUGCAGAACAAUGGACCUCUUGCUCAUCAAGUAGUUGAACAUGUUCAUUUUCACGUGAUCCCAAAACCAAAUAAAGAAGAAGGUUUAGGAAUUUCAUGGCCUGCUCAGAAUCCUACUAAAGAUCAAUUGAAUGAAGUUGCCAAAAAAAUCACUGAUAAAUUGUGA